AUGAAGCAUAAGUCACAUUUAAAGCAGAAAAAUAAACAUUUUAAAAAAUGUAAAAGCAAAAAAAAAAAAAAAAGUAUAAAAAACAUACAGAAAAAAAAGAAGAAAAAUGUAAAUGAAAAAUAUAGUGAUAUAUUAUAUAGGAAGCAUCAAUCUCAUAAUACAAAGACGGAUAACUUAAAAAGUGAAAGGGUAGAAAAAUCAAAAUAUAUACCAUUUUAUGACUCAUUAAAUAUAUGCAUAUUAGGUUUUCAUGAGGAAGUAGAUGUAUUAUCUUUUAAAAGAGAGUUUAUAAAAUAUUUGUGUGAAAAAAAUGAAGUUGAUGUGUUAGAAAAUAAUAUAAAAUUAUAUGAUGCAUAUACAAUACAUUUUGAUAAAAAAAAAAAGAAGAGAUCUUUAGUAAUCUAUGAUAUACCUAGAGAUAUAUAUGGUAUUAUAGAUGGAACAAAAUGUGCUGAUUUAAUUUUAUGUGUUUUUAAAAAUGCAUCUAUUCAAAAUUCGGCUUUUGAUGAAUUAGGUUAUGAAUUAUUGUCAGUUUUAAAAACACAAGGAGUUCCUUCAGUCAUUGGUGUAGGAUAUAAUACUAGUGAAAGUAAUAAAUACUCACAUAAAUAUGUAAUGAGAUAUUUUAAUUCAGAAUUUACAUUAGACGAUAAAAUAUUCUUUAUUAAUAGUAAUAAUAAAGAUUACGAUUUUCUAAAAUUGUAUAAUGAAAUAAUGAAUAUGAAAAUAAAAAAAGUAUCCUAUAGAGAAGGAAGAGGAUAUAUGAUAGUUGAUUCUUAUUCAUACAAUCCAGAAAAUGAUUUUGUUUAUUUAAAAGGAUUUGUUAAGGGUAUUGGGUUUAACGUUCAUAACCCUAUACACAUAACUAGCGUUGGAGAUUAUUACAUAAAUGAUAUUUAUGUAAUAGAUGUUUUAACUCAAAAAAGAAAUAACGAAGAUAUAAAUGAACAAAAUUCUUUUCUUUUAAAUCAAAAUAGUGAACAGGAAAAUAAAACUAAUUUUAUAAAUAAGUUUCUUAUUAAUAAUAAAAGUAUUAAUCAUAAUAUCCACUAUAAUUAUGUUCUUGUUCAAAGUAUUAGAAACAAGAAUGAUUUUAAUGAUGAAGAUGAUUUUAGAUGUAUACGACCAUAUAAUAUGGAAGAGAAUAAUUUGUUGGUUAAGAAUUUAAUGACUCUUCAAAACAAAGAUAUAUCAGAGUCACUUUCUUCAAAACAUUUUGGUUGUACUAAUGAUAAUGUAGAUAUUAAUAAUUAUACUGUUUACAAAUGUAAUAUGAAUAAUAGUUUAAAUAGUAAUACAGAUAAAAUAUAUAAAAAUUUGGAUACUAUGAAUAUAACCAAUAGUAACAAUAUAAAUAAUAUCAAUAUGAAUAAUAACAUCAGCGAUGUGUAUAAUAAUGGAAAUGUGAAUAAUACGUGGACAUAUAUAUCAAACGAAAAACAUGAAGUAAGCGAGGAUGUUAUUGGUUCUUAUGAUAGAAAUGAAGUAAAAAAUAAAAAUAAUUUCUACAGUUUUAUAGAUAAUGAAGAAUCCUCAAAUAAUAGCAUUAUGUCUGAAGAAAAUAGUUCUUUUGGAGAUAAUGAAGAUUCAAAAAUGGAAGAAGAUGAAAAUGAUGAUACUUGUAUUGAUAGAGACUCGGAAAAUUAUGAUAAUGUAUAUUUGAGCAAACAUAUAAGUGCAAAAGAACGGUUCAAGAAAUAUAGAAGUUUGCAAAGUUUUAGAACAUCGUAUAUAGAUGUUUAUGAGGACUUACCAUUGGAAUAUUCACGCAUUUAUGAUUAUGAAAGUUUUGAAAACUUAAUUAAAUAUUCAAAAAGAAAGUAUUUAGAAAAUUGCAAAAUUAUAAAUAAUGAAUUUACUCUAACAGAUGCUUAUUGUUUACUUCUUAUUAAGAAUGAUGGAAAAUUGAUUAAUUUAAUUAAUUCUAAAACAAAAAAAAUACCUCUUGUUUUGUCAAGUUUAUUGCCAUUUGAAAGAAAAGUAACAGUUGUAAACAUGGAAAUAAUGAGGACUCCAUUUUAUUGCGACAAAGUAGAAUCAAAAGAAAUUUUUGAAAUUGUAUGUGGUUUUAGACAUUUCAUGAGUCGUCCUAUAUUUAGUGAACAAAUAAUUAAAGGAACUCAAUCAAAAGCCAAAUAUGAAAAGUAUUUGAAAAGUGGAGAUAAAUAUGUUGCUUCUAUAUAUGGUUUUACAACAGUAACAUCUUCUCCAGUUUUCAUUAUAAAAAAAAAUAUGCAAGGUAAAUGUAAUAACUUGCUAGAAAUUAAAGCACCGGAUAACGAAAAAAUUUCACAGUAUUGCAAUAAUUAUGAAAUGCAAAAAUAUGAUAAUUCUAAUGAUUUUUGUAGCAAAAAAAAUGCAUUUUUAAACGGUAAAAGCAGUAAUGUUAGUAACUUUGUUGAAUCAAAUAUAUCAAAUGAUUAUGAUUUUAAUUCAGAUUCAAUAUUAAUUGCUCAUGGUAAGGUUGUUAAUUGUGAUUGUAAGAGAAUAAUUAUGAAGAGAAUAUGUCUAUGUGGGCAAAUUUUUAAAAUUCAUAAAAAAAAAGCUGUCAUAAGGAAUAUGUUUUAUAAUCCUAAAGAUAUAAACUAUUUUAAGCCAGUAGAAUUACAUACUAAAUUUGGGUUAACUGGAAAGAUAUUAGAAUCAUUAGGUACACAUGGAAAAAUGAAAUGCUUAUUUAAUAAUGUAUUAAAGCAACAUGAUAAAGUUUUUAUUUUUUUAUAUAAAAGAGUAUACCCAGUAUGGUUUCCAUUAACAUGGAAUGGAGAUCAAAAUUUAGGUCCUGAUGAUAAGCCAUCACAACAAAAGCGAAAAAUAUAA